AUGGAAGGAGUUCAGACUGUGGACGUGAGCUGGCUUCAUCAUUCGCAAAAAGAUCACUUGUCUCGCACAAAGUCAGUAUCAGCGAGCGAUAAGCCUGGUACGCAGGCAGAGCCAACGACCCCCCAACCUAAGUCACACCGAAGAUCUCGUUCCAACAGCAACCCGCCACCACGCCCAACGCCAGCCCCCUCCACCGCAGAACCGAAGCCAGCCCCCCAGAAUAAUGUAGCGCCAGUACAAGCGAAACCCCAACCAGUUGAGAAGAGCGAGGAGCAAAAGCCAUCUACGCCAUCACCAGCGCCGCGAAAGACAGACCCUAAGCCCAUCGGACGACGAAACUCGUGGAUCUCCAGUCUAAGCUCGAAGUUCUCAUCUGGGACUACCCCACCGUCGCAACCUAGUCUGAAGGCCCCUCCAGCGAGUCCGAAAACAACCCCAACCAUUGAUACGCAUAACCCAUUCGGCGCUGCCUACUCUUUGAGGGACAGGGAAGAAGAGAGGAAAGAAGAGUCCUUUACUUCGACAUCGCCCAAAUCACCCUCCUUUAUUCACAAUGCACUACGCAAGUUCUCGUCCAACUCGGGUGGGUUGCCCAAGUUGAAUCCCAAUGUCGUGGUCUCUCAACGUCGCGUGAUGAAUGUCGAUAAAAAUCGGCAACGAUGCAAGAUUGCGGACUUGAACCAGGCCAAGCUCAACCGCGUAGCGUUCUGUGUGGAUGUUGAAAUUGCGGGUGUCUCCCAUCGGGACGAUGACGAGGGAGCUCCUCCAACCAAUCAAUUACGACAGCCUCAGCCUCUAACUGAGGCUACUAACCAUAAGUCUAAGAAGGCUGAUCUCAAAUUGAAGGACCAAGACGAAGCUGGUGCUUUGAAGCAUCCCCAGGCUACAUUGGCUGAUAAGAAUAGCGCGUCCUCGACUCCUGCUCCGGCCACCGGCGAUGCGAAGACCCAGUCUAGCUCUACCCCGACAAAUACCACCAGCAGCAAGCCAUCUAAUGACCCCGCUCCAAAUGGGGAAGUGAUUGACCACACAAGGAAGCAAGAGAGGAAGAAGAGGUCUGAGGCAGAACGGAAAGAACGGAAGGAGAGAAAGCGAAGACAGGCAGUCGCGAACGGUAUAAUUCCGUUACAACUCGAUGCAGAGAAUGACGAUGACGAAGAGUAUUCUCAAGGUCCAGCGCCAGGUGUCACUCGGCCCAAAACGCAAAGUCACCCGACAACCGAUCCAGUGCGCAUAUAUCGCCGUUGUUGCCAGCUACGUGAGACGCCUGUUCUCAAGAGAGUGGUUGACGAGAUCUCCAAGCCUUCAUCAACACUGGCCGAGUCCCCUGGCACGGUAGCGGCUUUGGAUCUGAGCAAUUUUCCGAUGACCUCACAGGAUUUGACAACAUUCAGCGAUUGGCUCGCGGUCGUUCCAGUCCGUGAACUCAUUCUUGAAAAUUGUGCAUUGACAGAUACUUCUGUGCGAGCCAUCCUUUCAGCUCUGCUUGCCACCAAGACGGUAGAGCAGAUGCGCUAUCGACGGAGACGAUUGCGAAGACCGGAAUCUUCAGACUCCACUGAGCAGGAACGAUACGGUGUUGUGGAAAAGCUUUCUCUGAAAGACAAUUCGAAAAUUGGACGGGAAGGAUGGCGCCACAUGAGCCUUUUUGUUCACCUAUCGAAAUCUCUGAAAUCUAUUGAUUUGUCAGGUAUUCCUUUCCCUCGAGGCCAAGUUGCGGUCGAUGGUCGUGGCCCGACCAGCCAAUCCCAGCCUACGGCCGACGUGAGAAUGAUAUUUGCGAAUGCCCUGGCAGAGCGCUUUGCUGGGGAUCAUCUUGAAGAACUACUUUUGAGCGAGUGUUAUCCUUCGGUCGACGCUGUAAAGCAGAUCUGCCAGGCAACCACCAAAAUGGGUCUACGAAGACUUGGCUUUGCGAACAAUGGUCUGACAAGAGAGGGUCUGGAGCAUGUGAUCGAGUACCUCAAAGCUGGACAGUGCGAAGGAUUGGAUCUAGGUGGCAACGCUAUAAAGGAUGAUCUUGAUCUACUCACAGCCGCGAUCGAACCUGAAACACCGCUUUAUGCGCUGAGUCUGGCGGAUUGCUCGCUCAAUCCGUCGGUGGUUUCCCCAUUGCUCCAAUCGCUUGCGCAAAUUCACAACCUUCGGUUCAUCGAUUUCUCUCACAAUCGCGAGUUAUUCUCCUCGCAGCCUAGCGCGCUGGGGGCUUUCCGUCGCUUCCUGCCGAAGAUGCCGUCUUUGAAGCGCUUCCAUCUCGCUGACGUCAACUUGUCACCGGAUCAUGUCAUUGGUCUUGCCGAGGUAUUGCCAGAGUGCCUCAGCUUGUGUCAUCUGAACAUUCUUGAGAAUCAGCAGAUUGUGGAGUUGGCGUCCACUACAGACCCCGUUGCUCAGGAAGAAGCAUGCGCUGUGUAUGCGUCUAUGAUGACAGCUGUCCGUGUUUCACGGACAAUUAUUGCAGUCGAUAUCGAUGUUCCCAGCGCAGAAAACAACGAAGUUGUCAAAGCUCUAGGAUCACAGAUUGUGGCUUACUCGCUGCGGAAUCUUGAAGGCGGUGCCAUUGCAGUCGAGCUUCCUGGCUCUACUUCUUCGCUUGAGGAUAUCCCAUAUCCAGACAUUCUACAGCAUAUCGUCGGACACUCGGUUAUUUCCGAAGAGCCUUAUGAUGAUGACGAUGACGCCGCUCCCGACGAGGAUUAUGUUAUUGGUGGCACGGGUGUCGUCAAAGCAUUGGGUGUUUGUCUCGGGAAUCUGGACCAGCAAGGUCUGGAUCUUCUUGGUGAGCAAUCUUUACCGCCCAGUGGUACCACAACACCUCGACGCCGCAGGUCCCGAGCUGUUCCUACUAAGCGUCCUCGCGAUAUGUCGAAGAAUCUGCUGGAAUCCGCGCGCAAUAUUAGAGUCCGGAUCCAGUCGGCUCUUAUUCGCGAAGAUCGUGCUGGUAAUGACGCGAAUUAUGGCCGCCUGCAAUUUUUGGACAUGACCUUGCAUAAGAUGAUCCAACGCUUUGAGGACGAAUACCCAGAGACUCGUAUUGUUCCUCAGCUCCCGCCCGCUGUUACUGUACCCGACACCAUCUCUCAGCACUCCGGUGAUGACGAUGGAAGCGGUUCCUUCUUCGCUGGCGGUAAUCUGAACAGCAGUCAGCUUGAGGAAAAUUGCUUCGACGAGGAAGACACGGACCAAUAUGCCGUUCGCCAUUCUCGCACCAGCUCCGUAACUUCCCUCCACUCUCGGGCCAUGACCUCCCAAGAAGGACACAUUCACCGUAUCGGCCAGAACCUCCGCCGCGACUUCCUCAACCCGUCUCUGGUUCCUGGCGAGGACGACGAGCCUUUCGAAUACGAGGACGAUAGUUCGCAUAUUGCCGCUCUCCGGCAAAAGCUUGAUAUUCUCCACGAUGAGCAGUCUCUCUCUGAAUUCGAUGACUUUGACGCCGACGUGGCCUUUAAUCAUCUCGGGACCACCGUCGACGAACUCUACGCUGCUCAGCAGCAAGACACCGAAGCAUUCGAGCGCUUCAAGCAGGCCCAGAUUGCCGCCCAGAUCAACAGCGGUAUCCGCUCGAGGAAUCAGGCAGAACCCAGGACAGGCCGCAAUGAAUCAGAGAGCAAGUCUUAG